CAGCGAGACUGCACACUCCCCUGUAGCCAAUAGCGAAACCCUACGAUAAUCGUAAGAUAUCUCUUACAAGUCGGACUCGAUCUCAUACCCCGUCGUCUGCUCACCGCUCAAAGGAUGCCGUCAAGUUGGUUCUCCUCCGAGAAGUAGAACUCGCACGUUCGUCCCGUCAUCGAUUUCUCUUCCAUAUCUCUAUCUGUAUCAUCAUAUAUACAUUCACUCCUGUCCCUCUCACCGCACCAACUGGGCGUGUUCAGCUACAGAGACCAAAGCAAACAUCAUCCAAUCGACAUCUUUGUCCAAUACGAAUAAAUCAAUUCAGGACUUUGUCACUCUACUACUACUACUCUAUUAUCCUACAUAUCUCAGCUGUACUACCACCGCCAUCUUCCUAUAAUCUCUCAUUAAUCCUGUCAACUUCCAACUCAACUUAAUCUUUCCCACUCACAAUGUUCCGUCGUCCUUCUCGUCGUAUCUUCAUCUCGGGAACAGCAGCCAUUACCGGUUUAUCCCUAACUUAUCUACUCAUACGUCCUCAACCACUCCAAUUGGAUUCCGAUGAUCCAGUCAACCGACAAAAACAAAAACAAAGACAAAGACCAGGUCCAUUAUGGUCUCCACCUUCUAGAGCUCAGAUGAUAGGACAUUUACGUACUUCUGGUGUUCAUGGUACAGGGGUAGAUUCUGAAGAUAUUUUCGACUUACUCAUAGUGGGUGGAGGUGCAACAGGAGCAGGAACAGCUUUAGACGCAGCUAGUAGAGGAUUGAAAGUAGCUUGUGUUGAUAGGGAUGAUUUCGCAAGUGGUACAAGUAGUAAAAGUACAAAAUUGGUUCAUGGUGGAGUUAGGUAUUUACAGAAAGCUAUAAUGGGUUUGGAUUAUGAACAAUGGAAACUUGUUAAAGAAGCUUUAAGAGAGAGAAAAGUGUUUUUGGAAACUGCUCCUCAUUUGAGUUUCAUGUUACCGAUUUUACUCCCGAUUUACACAUGGUGGCAAUUACCUUAUUACUACAUCGGUUGUAAAAUGUACGACUUUCUAGCAGGGAAGGAGAAUAUGGAAUCGGCUUAUUGGAUGGGAAAGGGUAAAUCUCUCGAGGCUUUUCCUAUGUUGAAGAAAGAAGGUUUGGUCGGUGGUGUCGUCUACUACGAUGGUCAGCACAACGACUCACGAAUGAACAUUUCACUCGUCAUGACCGCUGUCCAGCAUGGCGCAAUCAUGGCAAAUCACGUCGAGGUCACUGAAUUACACAAACGCCCUGACUCAAAAAGAGAUGGUCAAGAGCGAGUAUGUGGAGCAAGAUUGAGAGACCGUAUGACUGGUGAAGAAUGGUCAGUCCGAUGUAGAGGUGUAAUCAAUGCCACUGGUCCCUUCAGCGACGGGAUACGUAAAAUGGACGAACCUACCACUAUGGAGAUUGUCGCUCCUAGUGCUGGAGUUCACAUCACCCUUCCUAAUUACUAUGGUCCUAAAACUAUGGGUCUCCUCGAUCCAGCUACUUCAGACGGUCGUGUCAUUUUCUUCCUACCAUGGCAAGGUAAUGUCAUUGCAGGAACCACAGACUCUCCCACCACCGUCUCUCAAAACCCCAUACCUAAAGAAGAGGAGAUUCAAUGGAUUCUCGAUGAGGUUCGAGGAUAUCUCUCUUCCGAUGUCAAAGUCCGCAGAGGCGAUGUUUUAUCUGCAUGGUCUGGUAUCAGGCCUUUGGUCAGGGAUCCAGGUGCCAAAAACACGCAGAGUCUGGUGCGAAAUCAUAUGAUCAACAUCAGCAAAUCGGGGUUACUCACUAUUGCCGGUGGAAAAUGGACUACCUAUCGCGCCAUGGCAGAAGAGACUGUCGAUGCCGCCAUCAAGGAAUUCAAUCUUCCCACCACCGGACCCAGCCAAACAGAUCAUAUCAAGCUCGUCGGCGGACACGCAUGGAGCAAAACCAUGUACAUCAAACUGAUUCAACAAUUCGGUUUGGAGACGGAAGUCGCCAAGCACCUAGCUGAAUCCUACGGCGAUCGAGCCUGGGUGGUCGCUUCGAUGUCUGAGAAGACAGGAUUGACUUGGCCUCUUUUAGGUGUACGGCUCAGUCCUCUAUAUCCGUAUAUCGAGGCGGAAGCACGAUACGCAUGUCGAUUCGAAUUCGCACAGAAAGCCACCGACUUUGUGGCACGAAGAACAAGAUUAUCAUUCCUCAAUACGCAAGUCACACUGGAAGUCCUUCCUAGGGUUAUCGACAUCAUGGCGGAAGAGCUUGGGUGGGAUAAGAAACGCAAAGCCAAGGAGUUUUACGAGACGGUCGAGUUUUUAAAAUCAAUGGGUUUACAAGAUGCCUCAAAACUGACCUAUGAACAAGCGGUGAAGAACCAAGGCAAGAUUGGUCUACUUGGAUUGACCAAAAUGACCGAUGCGGCAUUACAUUCUAGGGCUCAAUUCACUCCGGACGAAGUGGCUCAUUUGAGACAACAAUUCGAGGCGCUUGAUUUUGAUAACGAUCAAAAGAUCACUCGGGCAGACUUAUCCCAAGCCAUGACACGAAUGGGAUACGACGCUUCGACCGAAACUGCGGACAACAUCCUUCGAGAAGUUGAUUUUGGUCGGAAGGGUGCCAUAGAAUUUCAAGAGUAUCUCGAUAUUGCUGCGGGACUGAAAGAGCUUCAAUUAGAGAACGCCUUCACUCAUCUGGCUCAAUUAGACACCUCGAGAAAAAUUGGAGGUCAUGAUCCGGCCGGAUAUCAAGCUCAGUCGGGCGGUAGUAGGCGGGAAGAUAGACGAAAGAUCCCUGUGGAAAGGAGUGGAGGAGGGACAUGAUGAGGGUGGGUGUUCAUACUUGUCUAGAGUAUCUGUCGUAGGGUUGCUCACUGAUGCAUGCUGAUCGCCCCGUC